UUCAAACAAAACAUUUAUAAAUAAUUAUUCCAACUCAUACUUCCUCUUUAUAUACACUUGUCUUCUCUGAUCUCCAAACAUCAAACAUAACCAUAUCAUUGUUUUUCUUUUCUGAUCUCAAAAGCCACUAAAAUGUCUUCUUUCAAGAGUAAAUUUGAAGAUGAGCUCAUUGCCAAUGCUGCUUACAUUGGCUCUCCUGGAAAAGGUAUCCUUGCUGCAGAUGAAUCUACCGGCACAAUCGGCAAGCGAUUCGCCAACAUCAGUGUGGAGAACACCGAAGGAAACAGGCGUACUCUUCGCGAACUAUUGUUCACUGCCCCUGGUUGUUUAGAGUGCCUCAGUGGUGUUAUCAUGUUUGAGGAAACACUAUAUCAAAAAACUUCUGCAGGAGAACUCUUUACUGAUGUGUUGAAGAAAGCUGGAGUUCUUCCUGGUAUCAAGGUUGACAAGGGAACCAUUGAUCUUCCCGGCACAAACGGCGAAACCACGACUCAAGGUUUAGAUGACCUUGGCCAGAGGUGCAAGAAGUACUAUGAAGCCGGUGCAAGGUUUGCCAAAUGGCGCGCCGUGUUAAAGAUCGGUGCAAACGAACCAUCUCCACAUUCAAUCCACGAAAACGCCUACGGUUUAGCCCGUUACGCGGCCAUAUGCCAAGAAAACGGCUUGGUUCCAAUUGUUGAGCCGGAGAUUCUAGUAGAUGGAUCUCAUGACAUUGCAAAAUGCGCCGAUGUAACUGAACGCGUUCUUGCAGCGUGUUACAAGGCAUUAAGUGACCAUCAUGUUCUUCUUGAAGGCACUCUUUUGAAGCCUAAUAUGGUGACACCAGGAUCAGAUUCAGCGAAAGUUGCUCCUGAGGUUAUCGCCGAACACACCGUCCGAGCCUUGUUGCGAACGGUCCCGGCCGCGGUUCCUGCUAUAGUUUUCUUGUCUGGUGGACAGAGUGAAGAGGAAGCAACUGUUAACCUUAAUGCAAUGAACAAACUUAAGGGAAAGAAGCCUUGGAGUCUGACAUUCUCUUAUGGAAGGGCACUUCAGCAGAGUACUCUUAAGGCUUGGGGUGGAAAAACCGAAAAUAUCCCUAAGGCACAAGCUGCAUUGCUUGUUAGGUGUAAGGCAAAUUCAGAAGCAACCCUUGGAGCUUAUCAAGGUGGUUCUAACCUUGGUGAUGGUGCUUCAGAGUCUCUUCAUGUUAAGGAUUACAAAUACUAAUUUUAAGGGCUUGUGAGGUUCUGAUUGUGCUUGUUUUUGAGUUGUUUGCAUUGUUUGCAUCAUGGUUAUGGUGAUGUUUGGUAGGGUUAUAAUAGUCUUUUUUGUGUGUUUUCAUUAGGUUAGUUGUGGUAAAGUAUGAAUAAUGGCUUCAGGCUGAACUAGCUUGAUUGGCAUUUAUUUUUCAACAUGGUUAUGUUAUGUUAUGUGUACACUUUUUCCAUUA